AUCAAUAUCUUCGGUGCACAAAACAGUAUAUAAAUGCUAUUCAGUUCUGAUUAUGGUUGCGUUAUCUAUUGGUAAUGCAUAGUAUGUUGAGCAUAUUUGUUCCUCAGAAACUCACCUAAGAGGCUUUGCAGUGAAAUUGGGUUAUGCUAUGCUAUGGCUACUACUGUAACGUCAAUAAUGCUUCAGUGUGAAGUACACUAAUAUGGCCACGAUGUUCUCAGCAAGACACGUUUGUGACGUUCCCAUUGCUCCACGGAUUUGACUUGACGUUUGACUUGCUCCAUAAGAAUAAUAGCUUUUGUUAACUUGUUUGAAUUUGUUAGGGUUUAAAUUAAGUUGGAAGCCCUAUACACUAUCUCACGUGUAUAAAUAUCAUAAUACUAUAAACGCAACGCAAAGUAAAUCCUGUCACAUGUCCAUCUGUUAAUGUCGCUGUAGUUCAGUGUCGACCGGUCAGUAAAUGUCAACCAUGGCUGACACUCUGGAAUUUAACGAUAUUUACCAGGAGGUCAAGGGGUCGUGGAAUGAUGGACGCCUGCGCUUCGGUAAGCAGACGGUUGUUUACAAGAACAGUAAGACAGGAAAGGUGGAUAGCAUCCAUGUGCCCGAGCUGACACAGGCCCAGUGGAGACAAGUGUGUCUCGGCCACGGCAUCAAACUGGUCACCGGCACUGGCCACAUUUAUAAGUAUGAUGGCUUCAGAGACUCGGAUUUUGAGAAGGUACAAGAGUACUUCAAAUCUAACUACAAAGUUGAGCUGACAGAGAAAGACAUGUGUGCGAAAGGCUGGAACUGGGGAACAGCGAAAUUUGGUGGCCCUCUUUUGUCAUUCGAGGUUAGUGACAGUCCAGCGUUUGAGAUCCCUCUCGACAGCGUGUCCCAAUGCACUACGGGUAAGAAUGAGGUCACGCUGGAGUUCCACCAGAAUGACGACGCUGAGGUCUCUCUUAUGGAGGUCCGCUUCUAUGUCCCACCCAGCACAGGCGACGAUGGCAUGGAACCUGUAGAGGCGUUCGCUCAGAAUGUUCUGUCGAAGGCCGAUGUGAUCCAGGCAACUGGAGAUGCUGUCUGUGUUUUCAAGGAGCUGCAGUGUCUAACGCCCAGAGGAAGGUAUGACAUCCGUAUCUACCCCACCUUCCUGCACUUGCAUGGCAAGACAUUUGAUUACAAGAUCCCCUACACCACUGUGCUGCGCCUCUUCCUACUCCCACACAAGGACCAGAGGCAGAUGUUCUUCGUGAUCAGCCUGGACCCUCCUAUUAAGCAAGGUCAGACCCGCUACCACUUCCUCAUCCUCCUUUUCUCCAAGGAGGAAGACAUCCAUCUCACUCUCAACAUGAGCGAGGAGGAGGUGGAGAAGCGCUUUGAGGGGAAGCUCAGUAAGAACAUGUCAGGCUCUUCGUAUGAGAUGGUGAGCAGAGUUAUGAAAGCUCUGGUCAACAGGAAAAUCACAGUCCCAGGAAACUUUAAGGGUCAUUCUGGGGCUCAGUGCAUCACCUGCUCCUAUAAGGCCAGCUCUGGCCUGCUCUACCCUCUGGAGCGUGGCUUCAUAUAUGUGCACAAGCCGCCCGUGCACCUGCGCUUCGAGGAGAUCUCCAGCGUCAAUUUCGCCCGAGGGACCACCACCACACGCUCCUUUGACUUUGAGAUCGAGACCAGGCAGGGCUCCCAGUACACGUUCAGCAGUAUUGAAAGAGAGGAGUAUGGCAAAUUGUUUGACUUUGUCACUGCAAAGAAGUUAAGCAUCAAGAAUCGUGGUUUCAAAGAGAAAAAGGGCAUGAAGAGUAAAGAUGACAUGUACAGUGAUUCAGAUGAAGAUCAGCACGAUGCCUACCUGGAGCGCAUGAAAGAGGAGGGCAAGAUUCGAGAGGAGGCAAAUGACAGCGACAACUCCGAGGGCGAUAGUGAUGAGUCUUUUAACCCAGGAGAGGAGGAUGAUGACAUUGCAGAAGAGUAUGACAGUAAGGCGUCUGUCAGCGACAGUGCGUCGGAGGAUGGGGACAGCGAGGAGGAGAAGGAGCGCAAGAGAAGGCCUGCCAAGAGAGCCAAAGUGGUGAAGGAGAGGAAGCCCCGCAAGAAAGAGAAAAGGUCAAAAGACACGGGUGCCCCAAAGAGGCCCAUGAGUGCCUACAUGCUGUGGCUGAAUGCCAGCCGAGAGCGCAUCAAGGCAGAGAACCCUGGCAUCUCCAUCACGGAGAUCUCCAAGAAGGCUGGGGAGAUGUGGAAGCAGAUUGACAAAGAUAAUAAAGAGGAGUGGGCGGGCAAAGCGGAGGAGGCGAAGAAGGACUAUGAGAGAGCCAUGAGGGAGUACAGAGAGAGUGGUGGUGGAUCCCCUGGCACUUCCAAAAGAGAGAGGAAGAGGAAGGGAGGAAAGAGUGAUGACAAGAAGAAGAGGAAGUCGGCGGGUCAGGAGAAAGAGAGAGAGCGUGCGACAGGCAAUGACAGCUUCAAGAGCCGUGAGUUCAUCUCCAGCGAGGACAGCUCAUCAGAAUCUGACCGUGGCAAGAAGGGCCGCAAGCGCAAGGGAGGCUCUGAUGAGGAAGAGGAGGAGGUGGCCACCACCCCCCCCAGCUCAGAGGAGUCCAGCUCAGACUGAGAGAACCUGCUAAUACACCCUAUCAGACACAGAGUGGGAGAGGAAACAGAGUGGGACAGUGUGUGUGUGUGUGUGUGUGUGUGUGUGUG